ACAAGGCAGAAUUGACAGAGCUGUACAGAGGUGCGAGCCACCAAGCAAUGAUUAUGAGCGGUUCCCCUGUCGUGUGCUGUAUAAAACAGCCUCUUAUGAGAAAGGCAUGGCUAAAGUGCGCCAGGCACAAGACACAUCAGACAUUGGAACUGAUAUGGAAACGGAAGUGCCACCCAAGAGAAUUAUGAGGCCAAACCCACGCUAUCAGCAGGAUGCAUCAUCAGAUGAAGAAAUUGUUACUGCAAUUCAGCCACGUCGCAGUGUGAGUUCCACAUCUAACAUUAGCCCAUGCGGGAGUUCAACUUCAUCAGAAUUGCCAUGUCCACCACCAAGACUCAUCCUUUCGGGAUCACCCUCGGGGUCUUCGGGGGGUUUGAGUCGGCCUGCCUCACCCUCCGUGAUUCUCAGUCAUCCCAGAUCUCAUCAGCUUGCACAGCAACUGAGAAGAAACUGCUGACCCUGAUAGAAAAGGCAACCAUGAUAACUACAGAAAACCGAACCCUGCUCAUUCAAAUACUGAGAAAACUCAAUACGUCACAACAGGAGUUAGAUAAUGGUGGUUUGCCAGAAGGAUUGACUUUUCCCUUGAAAUUGUUGAGGGAUGUGAGAGACCUGGAGGCCCUCCUUCAAAAUUUCCAGAAGGAGAAGCUUUUGGUCACUUACUUAUCCAAUAUUGGUGGAGAGAAUCUUGGCAGUACGGUCAGACGAAUUCUUGUCUGCGUAUUGACCAAUGACCUUGCAAAGCAAUUUAAUUGGAUUGGAAAAGGCACAAAGGAGGCCUUCUGUAAACUUCGUCUGGUGAAUGUUGUACAUCGAGCUGUUCGCAGAAAUCCAGCAGUCAGAUCUGCGACAAAUGCUGCGAUAGAUUCCAUCAUAAAAGAUUGGUUUCGCUAUGCCAAAGACCGUGAUGGUGGAAGGGCGAGAAGAGCACGUCAGGCCAGCGUUAGUCCUUCUGAAAAUGUCAGCCAGGAAUCUACUGAAGACUAUGGUUCCAGUGAUGAACAUGACCGUCCCUGAUCGAUGAAAACCAGGGAGCCUGCAUGCAGCUAGAGAUUUUGGUUCAGAUCAGUGAGGAAUUAUAAUACACUCUUAGAGAAUCUAAAAUCUUCUACUAUUGUAUGUCACUACAUCAAGCUUGUACUAUACACAUCUUGUUUCGAUGUUUGAAGUUGAUUGAACUCAUAAUCAUUAAUGGUAAUCAGGGACUCAAUAGCAAGACUGCCUUGAUCACGAGUGCAUUCACGUUUUUUGUACUACUUUUCUAAUGAGCCCAACUUGAGUUUCAAAUGUAAUGUUAGAAAAAAAGAAGCCUUAAAAAAAGAAGCUUUUAUUUUAUUUUUAUAUUUACUUUUUUUGUCGUGAAAAAAAUCCCAUACAGAUCGUCACGUGUUUUCAAGUGGAACAAGCAAAGAUUGUUUUGUGCCAUGUGGUCUUGUGGUCGUCAUUAACCCAUAUGCAUGUUGGUUAAAAAAAGUUAUUUUGCUUGAGUUUGAAAAUAAAAAUUCACAGCUAUUUGCAUUCUCACAAUGUCAGAUUAAUGGGGUGACAUGUCAGCGGCUGGCUUUUAUGCACAAGGUACACUCUGAAGGAUUUUAAAAAUAAUCUAAAGGAUUGUUGUGAGGGACCAACUUAAAAGCAAUAUUGUUUUGAUAACAAGUGUUUUCACUUUUUGUGUUGAAAGAGCGACUUUUUGAGCUCAACUUUUUAAGUAUGUUGGUUAAAACAACAGAAAUUAUGUUGCUUGAGUUUGAUAAUGAAAGUUCAUUAUUACAGCAUUUGCAUGUCCAUAAUAAAUUAUGUCAAAUUAAUAGUGUUAUGACAUAUCAGUGGCUGGCUUUUAUGCACAUUAGAGAUCCAAGUUUUUGUUGACAAAAGACCAAAUAAUUUACCUUUUGUUUACUCUGAAAAAUGCCUUUCAUCUGUAGCCUAACUUAAUCAGAUUUAUGUUUGUCAAUAGUACAAGAAGUUAAUAAUUAAAGUGUUGUAGCAAGAAGUUUAUAAAACCAUUAAGGUAAACAAAUACAUAAAUGUUGCAUUUUUCUCUUACAUACUUGGGAGUACACUUUCUUGGUCUCCAUUUAUAUUAAAGAUUCUUUAAAAAGAUCAAAGUGUUCUCAACUGUUAUGUUUUCA